AUGGCUCUCGAUGAUGCAGAAGCACAAAAGCAAAUUCAACAAAUGGUCAACUUCAUUUUAAAUGAAGCAAAGGAUAAAGCACAUGAAAUUGAAGCAAAAGCACUAGAAGAUUUUAAUAUAGAAAAGUUAAGAAUUGUUCAAAAAAUGAAAGAAAAAAUUAGAUUAGAGUUUCAAAAAAAAGCAAAACAAAUGGAAAUAAAAAGAUCUAUAAAUCAUUCAUCUGCUAUUAAUAAAGCUCGACUUAAAAAAUUGUGUGCAAAAGAUCAAGUUUUUAAAGAAAUUUAUAAAAUAAGUAGUGAUAAAUUAGCAGAACUAUAUAAAGAUAAAGAUAAAUAUAAAAAUUUAAUUAUCGAUUUAAUUGUACAAGCUUUAUAUUAUAUACAAGAGCCACAUGUUAUUGUUAUGUAUCGAGAAGUUGAUAAAUCUGUUGUUGAUGGAUGUUUAAGUGAAGCUGCACAUAAAUAUACUGAAAAAAUUAAAAAACAAUUUAAUAUAACUAAAAAUGUUAAAAUAGAACUUGAUAAGUCAGGUAAUUAUUUACCCCCACCUCCAUCAGAAAACAAUGAAGGAGCAUCAUGUUUGGGUGGUAUUAUAUUAACAACACCAAAUAGAAAAAUUAACUGUGACAAUACGCUAGAUUUACGUCUUAAACUAGCCAUAAAACAUUGCACAACAGAAAUAAAAAGAAUGUUCUUUGAAAUGGAUUAA